UGCGAGAUUACCUUCAACUUCGCCAUGCAAGCCAUUGACAAGAUCGUCAACUCUACUGGAAAGACUUACUUUAUGUCCGGUGGAAACGUACCCUGUCCUGUAGUUUUCCGUGACCCCAACGGUGCAGCCUCUGGUGUCGGUGCUCAGCACUCCCAAGACUAUGCAGCCUGGUAUGGCUCAAUUCCCGGUCUCAAGGUUGUUAGACCUUGGAGCGCAGUGGACGAUUGCAAAAGGUUCUUAUUUUUACACAGUUUACUGUCCGUGCUGCCAUCCGAUCCUAACCCAGUCGUAUUCCUCGAGAAUGAGAUGAUGUACGGUGUCACCUUCCCCAUGUCCUCUGAAGCCAUGUCAGACAACUUCACUCUUCCCAUCGGCAAGGCCAAGGUCGAGCGCGAAGGAGCCGAUAUCACUAUCGUGGCACACAGCAAAAUGGUCACUCGCAGUCUAGAGGCUGCCGACCUUUUGGCAAAGGAGGGCGUCAAGGCCGAGGUCAUCAACCUCUGUAGUAUCUGUCCUCUGGAUAUCGACACCAUUAAUCUUCUCAUAGUCGAGGGUGGUUUCCCCGCCUUCGGUGUUGGUAGCGAAAUCUGUGCACAGAUCAUCGAGAGCGAGGCCUUUGACUACCUUGAUGCUCCAGUUGACCGGGUAACUGGUGCUGAUGUACCUACACCAUAUGCCACCAACCUGGAGGCACUUGCAUUCCCCGACACACCUCUGAUCGUCAAGGUCGCCAAGCGGGCACUUUACAGGACCAACUAGGCACACUUAUACUUUUAUU